AGCAGAUUGAGCCCUAUGAUUGAGCCAGGCUGUAGGACGGACGCGCGGAGGGAACGCUUGGAAGUGGCACUCGAGGUUUCUUGGGUAUUUUCUCAGAUCUCCCUGAUCAUCAACUCCAGAGGACCAGGAGUGUGGUUUGGGUGCCUUUGACGUGCCUCCCCUCCACUAGAAGUGUGGUUGUGUGUCCGUGUAUGCUUAUGCCUGUGAGUCCUGCGUGGGGAUCAGCUGGAGUCUUCUCCUCUCUGUGAAAGGCCCCGACCAGGACAGGUGGUGUGGGGGGGUGGGCUUUGGUUGCCUGGGCGUGCAAGGCAAAGCCGCCACCAUGAACGUCACAUCGCUGUUCUCUUUCACGAGCCCGGCCGUGAAGCGGCUGCUUGGCUGGAAGCAGGGUGACGAGGAGGAGAAGUGGGCAGAGAAGGCGGUGGACGCGCUGGUCAAGAAGCUGAAGAAAAAGAAGGGCGCCAUGGAGGAGCUGGAGAAAGCCCUCAGCUGCCCAGGCCAGCCCAGCAGCUGCGUCACCAUUCCACGCUCACUGGACGGACGCCUCCAGGUGUCCCACCGUAAGGGUCUGCCACAUGUCAUCUACUGCCGCGUGUGGCGCUGGCCCGACCUUCAGUCUCACCAUGAGCUGAAAGCACUGGAGUGCUGCGAGUUCCCUUUUGGUUCCAAGCAGAAGGAUGUCUGUAUCAAUCCCUAUCACUACAAGAGAGUAGACAGUCCAGUGCUGCCUCCCGUGUUGGUACCACGCACCAGUGAGUUCAACGCAAAGCUGAGUAUGCUGCCUCGCUUCCGGAACCCUCUACAUCAGGCUGAGCCUCACAUGCCUCAGAAUGCUACCUUCCCUGACUCCUUCCCACAGCAGCCACCUCAGCCACCAGCCGCCAGCCUGCCCUUCGCUCCACACUCGCCCACUAACAGCUACCCAAACUCUCCGGGCAGCAAUGCAGGCAGCAGUGCCACUUUCCCACAGUCUCCCUCCAGCUCUGACCCCGGCAGCCCCUUCCAGAUGCCAGAAACCCCUCCACCAGCCUACAUGCCCCCAGAGGAACCAAUGACCCAAGACUGUCCUCAACCAAUGGACACUAAUCUGCUGGUUCCCACUCUGCCUCUUGAGAACAGCAACCGCCCAGAUGUGCAGCCAGUGGCUUAUGAGGAGCCCAAGCAUUGGUGCAGUAUUGUUUACUACGAGCUAAAUAAUCGUGUUGGCGAGGCCUUCCAAGCGUCUUCUACUAGCGUACUGGUGGAUGGCUUCACUGACCCCUCCAACAAUCGCAGCCGGUUCUGCCUGGGCUUGCUCUCAAAUGUCAAUCGCAACUCCACCAUCGAGAACACUCGACGCCAUAUUGGCAAAGGCGUGCAUCUAUAUUAUGUGGGUGGAGAGGUGUACGCUGAGUGUUUGAGUGACAGCAGCAUCUUUGUGCAGAGCCGUAACUGUAACUACCACCAUGGCUUCCAUCCUACUACGGUCUGCAAGAUCCCUAGUGGCUGCAGCCUCAAGAUCUUCAACAACCAGGAGUUUGCGGAGCUACUGGCCCAAUCGGUCAACCACGGCUUUGAGGCUGUUUACGAGCUUACCAAAAUGUGCACCAUCCGCAUGAGUUUUGUAAAGGGCUGGGGCGCAGAGUACCACCGGCAGGAUGUCACUAGCACCCCCUGCUGGAUUGAGAUCCACCUGCAUGGCCCACUGCAGUGGCUGGAUAAGGUCCUGACCCAGAUGGGCUCUCCUCACAACCCAAUUUCCUCGGUGUCCUAAUCGUAACUGAGCCUGGGUGUA